CUGUCGCACGCAAAUGACGUCAGAGAAAGAGAGACACGUUUGGAAUAGCACACGAGGGCAUCAACAGCGCUUCACAAAUAAACCUUGUAACAUGGCGAAGAAUAAACAAAAGGGGAAAAAACAGAAGAACGUCUUUCAAGUGGCAAACAAACAUCUGAAGAGCAAGAACAAAGCCAAAGCCGUCACAACAACUCUCAAACACAUCAAUGGAGGGAAAAAGGAGAAGGUGGAGAGCCUCAAUCAAAUCUUCACAGAAGUCCAGAGGGACGUUAAAAGCAUUUCCAAGUCUGUUGCCCCGGAACCAAAGAAGCAAACACAGGUUGUCAGAGAGCCACCGAAGGAAUCUGUGAAUGUUGACAACGCUGCUCAACUCUUUUCUCAGCUAUAACGGAUCAAGAUAGAAGGACUGUCAUAACAACGGACAUGAUUUAGGGAUGAGUUAAGGAGAAAUUGCAGUAAUGGAAUUAUUGUAAAACCUAAUAUAGAUCCUAUAUGUUUGAUACAAGUGACAAGUCAGUCACUGUCAGUUGUAAAUUGGGCCACCUUUAUAUGAAUCAGAAUAGAUAGAUCUGUCCUUAGAGCUUAAAAUCUGCUGGAAAUAUAACAGAAGAAGACAAAGUUCUCCCCAAUUUACUACUGACAAUACUGAAUUCAGUCAAUAGAAGAACAUGACCAAGAUGGAGCCACGUUUUCAACACUGCUGCCCAUGUCUGUUCUGGCUCCAUUCAUCUUGUAUCACUUCCUCUGUGGUUCAGUCAAAUCCUGGAAACUCAUCACAUCACCUGUUAUUUACCUCGUCCUCACCAGAAAUAAUGGAUUUAUUAAGACAGAAAGGAUGAAAUUAAGAGUUUAUGUGGCGUCCCAGUCCACAAAGCUUCUUUUGUGGAAGGUUAGUCUGGAGUCCCUCCAUUAGGAACUGAUUAUUAUUAUUAUUAUUAUUAAUAUUAUUGUUAUUGGUAGUAGUUGAAUUCUGGCACCCAUGUAAACAAAGCUACAGUUAUAUAAAUUUGACAAUAUUAAUAGUAUUAUUCAUUGAUAUUCUUAUGUGUAAGAAUAUUGGAUGAAUCUUGAUUAUAUUCUUGAUUAAUUGAAGACUUAGAUCUGGAUGUAGAUUAUUCACCACUGGUCAAACUUUUAUAAACAAACUUUCACGCGUAGAAAGAAUUGCAGAAACAAAACUCCACCUUUGAGCGGUGGAUUUUUAAUGUGUCUGGAACAAUUCACCAAAUAACUCAUCUAUUUAUUGACUAAUUGUUUCGGAACCGUUUCUUCAUGAAAUGUAAUAUCACGGCUUUGUUCCUCAUUUUGAUUAAUAAAUGUUUUGUAAAGUAUA